CAGCAGCAGUCGACCGUCAGCUUUUGACGCGUAACGUUGUGCCUUGGUAUCAUCUUCGUAUUAACAGCACGAUAAAUAAAAAUAUUCAAGAAACAAACCGAUUACGAAAAAUGUGCAAUAAUUGACUUCAUUUUUCACAAAACUAUAUGGUGUAUACUAAUUUAGUGGAGAGAAAACAAUAGUGAUAUAUAUAUAUCAAUAUGAUAUAUAUAAUUGCUUUGUCGGUGAUAGCAGGUGCUUUAGGCCUUUAUUAUUUGUUCAAGGAUUUGAAUCACUUUAAAAAACAUGGCAUACCGCAUAAGACACCUAUUCCUUUACUGGGAAAUAUGGGACCAUCGAUCUUUCGUCGUCAAUCUGUAGCCGAACUUGUAAAGGACGUUUACAAUCUACAUCCCGAAGCUAAGUACGUUGGCAUAUUUGACAUGACCGUUCCACUUGUGAUGAUUCGCGAUCCCGAACUCAUUAAGACCAUCGCAUUAAAACACUUCGAGCAGUUCCCUGAGCAUCGCACUUUCGUAGAUGAAAAUCAAGAUCCAUUAUUUGGCAGAAAUCUUUUCUCUAUUCGCGGAGAGAAAUGGCGGCAAGUACGAUCUUUAUUGAGUCCAGCCUUUACAUCGAGCAAAAUGAAAAGCAUGUUUAAGCUAAUGUCGGAUUGCGGUGCCGACUUCGCUAAUUACUUGGCGCAAUUGCCACCAGAGCAGAGGGUAGUGCAAAUGAAAGACAUCUUUACGAGGUAUACUAACGAUGUGAUUGCUACUUGCGCUUUUGGCCUUAGUGUUAAUUCCAUGAAAAAUCCGGAGAAUCAAUUCUAUGUAUACGGUAGAGAAGCGACUACUUUCGACAGUAUUGCCUUAAUAAAGCUAUACAUAUUUAGAAGCUUGCCUUGGUUUGCACGAUUGGUCAACUUGAAAUUGAUUCGUCAAACCAUAGCAGAAUUCUUCCGAAAUCUCAUAGAAACCACCAUAAAAACUAGGGAUGAGAAUGGUAUCGUUCGUCCUGAUAUGUUGCAAUUGAUGAUGGAAAACAGAGGUAAGGAAGGCAAGGCAGAAUUGUCUAUCGAUGAUAUGGUAGCACAGGCUUUCAUCUUUUUCUUUGGUGGCUUCGAGAGUACUUCAACGUUAAUGUGCUUUGCCGCUCACGAAAUCGCAGUAAAUCAAGAUAUACAAGAAAAACUUCAAAAGGAGAUUGACCAAGUCUUGGAAGAAACAAAUGGACAAGCACCUUACGAUGCGGUUAAUAGCAUGGAAUAUUUAGAUGCUGUGAUCAACGAAGCUCUCAGGAUGUAUCCGGUUGCUGUAGCAAUGGACAGAUUAUGCGUAGAAGAUUUCGAGCUGCCGCCGGCAUUACCAGGAUUAAAACCAUAUUCUAUAAAAAAAGGACAAGGCAUUUGGGUACCGGUUUAUGGACUUCAACAGGAUCCUAAAUAUUUCCAAGAGCCGGAGAAGUUUGAUCCCGAGCGGUUUCGUGGUGAACGGAAAAAGGACAGUCUCAACUGCGGAGCCUAUCUACCUUUCGGUCUUGGUCCAAGAAUGUGCAUAGGUAAUAGAUUCGCAUUGCUGGAGACGAAGGUUCUACUUUUUCAUCUAUUGGCCCGUUGCGAUUUGAAAAUCUGCGAGAAGACGCCAAUACCACUCAAGAUCGCUAAGGACGGCUUCAAUAUGAAGGCUGAAGGUGGUUUCUGGCUGAAGGUGUUGCCACGAAAAGAUACACAUCACACUCUUGCAGCUAAUAUUGUUAAUGGAUCACACUAAAUAUAAAAUGGAAACAAUGAAACUAAAAGGAACACGAAACAGGACAUUUCUUUCUUAAUGAUUCGGCAAGAAGAUGUUGCGUGCUUAUAUGUUGCUGCAAGCUCAAGAAAUGACAAUAUUCUUGCAUUAAAAAUAUUUUUCACAUUAAGCACAGUCACAUUAUGUUGUAUAAGUUUCUUUCGAAAUGGUAAAAGAAGAGAGCGUGAAAGAAAUUAACGGAUUAAAUACUAUUUCUUAUCUCA